AAGCCAUUCUAUAAUAAUUAGCUAUUUUUUAUGUUGACUACUACCAGUACCUGGUACUGCUUUGGGAGGUACAGUCGUACCCAAGCAAAGCCUAAAGUUUCCAGGAUUGGGCCUUUUCUCUAUUGGCUCUCCGUGGCGUGGGUUUUACGGCGAGAAUGAUAAUCACGAAUUCGAAAGAACCUUUUCUCUUCGACGAUCUUUUGAGGACGACCUUCUUCUUCUUUGGGUUUGGUGCACAACAGAUUGAUCCAAUCCGUUUGUUCAGACAAGGCUUGCAAGGCAAAACACCAUCACGAUGAACCUCUGUCAUCGCUCUUUCACCGUGACGGGGCUUGUCACCUUUAUGGCCGUGUCAGUCUCUACCUUUGUCACUCCUCAACAUGUGUCAAGAUUUGGAAGCUGUCGAGGAAAAGCUUCAGAGCUGAGCAAGAAACUAAUCGAGAAGCAGCAGGUCUUUUGGCCUGAGCUGUCCUCCACCAAUGGCGAUGACACCGCCAUUCCCACGAGCCGAAACCAGCUGACCUCUGAUCAGGCCCUGUUGGAUACGUCUUGCUGUGGAAUGACAGCACCAUUGGCGCCAUCCUUGGAUCACAUUGACACAUCACUGCUCCCUGCUUCCAGCGAAACUGACAACGCCGUCUAUGUCUUUCCGCUGGUGGUAUCUCCCAAAAACUACACGGAAAACUUUUGCUUGCGUGGCUUUAUGCGUGCCAAUCGAGACUGGGUCGACGAGCAAAUCCUCAAGUAUGGAGCGGUCUUGUUUCGUGGCUUUGACAUUGAUUCGGCCGCCGAGGUGGAAGCGGAUGUGCGAGCCUUGGAACCCAAUCUGAGCAAUGAAUAUCGCGGAACCUCCCCGCGCAACACUCAGGAAGGAAGUGAUUUUGUCUUUUCCGCCGCCGAAGUCCCCUCCCACUUCCCCAUUGCCCAGCAUUUGGAGAUGUCCUUUUUGCCGGCUCCACCUAGACGUCUCUUCUUUUCGGCUUUGCAAGCUCCACAUGCCACGCCUGGAAAGAAAGGAGGGGAGACAGCACUGACAGACUUUCGCAAGGUAUACCGAGAUUUGCCGCCCAAACUGAGAGAGAAACUAGCCACCAAAAAGAUUCGCUACACGAGAAAGCACAAAGAGUAUGGAUUCAAGCCUGAAUUCAUGACCACAGAUAUUACUUCCCUCAAAGGAUGGUCGGAUCUGUUUGAUACUCACGAUCAGACGCUGGUAGAAGAGAUUUGCCGAGCAGAAGACACACCCAUGAGAUGGGAAGGGGGCAAAGACAAAAAGCUGUUUGUGUCAGAGUACAACUCUGAGCCCUUCCAGUAUCAUCCUGAUACCAAAGAGCCAGUGUAUUUCAACCAUGCUCAGGUCUUUCAUUGGAGUACGUUUCCGGCAGAAUUGUUCCAUGCCUUUCGACGCACCAAAGAUAUUCGGUUCCUGCUGAGGUCCAUUUCGACGGGUUUGGUCAGCUUUGUGACGUAUGGUUUGUUGAGAAGACGUGUCUCGUUGCAUGUAAGCUAUGGUGACGGCAGCCCCAUUUCCGUGAGAGAAAUGGGACAAAUUCGCAAAGCAAUUCACAAAAACAUGGUGUUCAAUCAGUGGAAGACGGGUGAUCUUUUGUUGAUUGACAACUUCUCCACGAGCCAUGGCAGGGAGCCAACGUAUUCCAAGAAUCGAAAGAUUGUCGUGGCAUGGUCGCAAGCCUUGGCCAAGUCCAAUGAUCCUGUCUACGGUGGAUCAACCGCGUAGCUAGCAGACUGCAGUAGAAGUACUGGUGGUUGGUUGCAAUACUGGCCGUAGAAAGGUCAAUGGGAGUCAAGGUAUGAAGUAGCUGAUUACUAAAAAAUAAAUCUACUGUACGGAGUUCUAACAAUGCAAUAGUAUGCAAGACGCAUA